AGUCUACUCGAGGAGAAGUGGGAAAACGCUCAAGUGGAUCGUCAGGGCAGCUACUCGAUCGAGAGGCUCGAAAGUCUGGACCACUACUGCAAGACCAAGUCGACGACGCACGUGGUCCUGGUAUGCCUUGUCACUCCGCUUCCAGCUCUAGCAGCGGCGCUGAUACUCGAGUCCCUCCCCCUCCAACCUCCUUCAGACGGGUGGGUUGCAAACUGGGUCUUCUGGGUUCGUGUGACGGUCAUCUGCUUCUUGCUAACUACUAACGGCAUGUUAGUGUUGAGACGACUCGUGGUUGGCCUGCCGCUCACAUUGGCAAAGAUCAUGGUUAUCUCGACCGGCGUGAGCGCGGGAUUCACAGGAUUUGCCAUCAUGUUGGCGAUUGUCGUGGGCUUUCCUGUUCCCUUUGUGAUGCUGGUGGGCGGCAUUCCCAACGUCAUUGUCAUUGGUUUGAUGCUGGUCUUCGUACUGGGUAUAGCCCCCUUCCGAAGUUCAUCCCCGUUCCGGCCGAAUCUUGUCAAAUUUCACAACUUCCUCGUAGCUCACGAGACGAUGGUGGCGGUUUAUCCCCUCGUCAAAGUGCUUUAUGGUUUUGUUCCAACGAAAUAUCAAGGCUUUACGAGGCUUUUGCUGCCGCUCUGGAAG